AGCCGGGCCUCCAACGAGAGCAGCGGCCUGCCAGGGCCACCACCUGCCAUGGUGCCAGGGCAGCAGGCAGCCCCAACAGGUGGAUGGAGUGGAGCCUAUGGGAUGGGAGGAUGGAACGGCAUCCAAAGCCGCCCCGCUUCCGGGCCUUACUCAGCCUCUGGCUGCCCAGGAAACAGCGGGCAAGGCUUGGUGGGGCACCAGUGCCUACCCUGGGCCCCAGCCUGAACCAAGACACGGAUGAAGGCAUUGUCAAAGAGAUCUCUAUUACGCACCAUGUCAAGGAGGGCUCAGAAAAGGCUGACCCAUCCCAGUUUGAGCUCCUGAAGGUCCUGGGCCAGGGUUCCUUUGGCAAAGUCUUUCUGGUGAGGAAGAUCACUCGCCCAGACAAUGGGCACCUCUAUGCCAUGAAAGUGCUAAAGAAAGCAACCUUGAAAGUUCGGGAUCGAGUCAGGACGAAGAUGGAGAGAGACAUCCUAGCUGACGUCAACCACCCAUUUGUGGUAAAGCUUCACUAUGCCUUCCAGACAGAGGGGAAGCUCUAUCUCAUCCUGGACUUUCUCCGGGGAGGGGACCUCUUCACACGACUCUCCAAAGAGGUCAUGUUCACAGAAGAAGAUGUGAAGUUCUACCUGGCUGAGCUGGCUCUGGGCCUGGAUCACCUGCACAAACUGGGGAUCAUUUACCGAGACCUCAAGCCCGAAAACAUCCUUCUGGAUGAAGAAGGACAUAUCAAACUCACAGAUUUUGGCCUGAGCAAGGAGGCCAUCGACCAUGAGAAGAAAGCCUACUCCUUCUGUGGGACCGUGGAGUACAUGGCGCCUGAAGUUGUCAACCGCCAGGGCCACACCCACAGCGCCGACUGGUGGUCCUACGGGGUGCUGAUGUUUGAGAUGCUAACGGGCUCCCUGCCCUUUCAGGGGAAAGACCGGAAGGAGACCAUGACACUGAUUCUCAAGGCAAAGCUGGGCAUGCCCCAGUUUCUGAGCACCGAAGCACAAAGCCUCCUUCGAGCCCUGUUCAAGAGGAAUCCUGCCAACAGGCUGGGCUCUGGUACUGAUGGCGCUGAAGAGAUUAAGAGGCACGUCUUCUAUUCUACCAUAGACUGGAACAAACUGUUUCGUCGUGAGAUCAAACCCCCCUUCAAGCCUGCAGUCGCCCAACCCGAUGACACCUUCUACUUUGACGCGGAGUUCACUUCCCGAACCCCCAAGGACUCCCCGGGCAUCCCCCCCAGCGCUGGGGCCCACCAGCUCUUCCGGGGCUUCAGCUUUGUGGCUACAGGUCUGAUGGAUGAUGAUGGCAAAGUCCGAGCCCCACAGGCCCCGCUGCACUCAGUGGUCCAGCAACUUCAUGGGAAAAGCUUGGUUUUCAGCGAUGGCUACAUCGUGAAGGAGACCAUUGGAGUUGGCUCUUACUCCGUGUGUAAGCGCUGUAUCCACAAGGCCACCAACAUGGAGUAUGCGGUCAAGGUCAUCGACAAGAGCAAGAGGGACCCCUCAGAGGAGAUAGAGAUCCUUCUGCGCUAUGGCCAGCACCCCAACAUCAUCACCCUGAAAGAUGUGUAUGAUGAUGGCAAGCACGUGUACCUGGUGACGGAGCUGAUGCGGGGAGGGGAGCUCCUGGACAAGAUCCUUCGGCAGAAGUUCUUCUCGGAGCGUGAGGCCUGCUCUGUCCUGCACACGCUGUGCCGGACCAUGGAGUACCUGCACUCCCAGGGGGUAGUGCACAGGGACCUGAAACCCAGCAACAUCCUUUAUGUAGACGAGUCUGGGAACCCUGAGAGCAUCCGAAUCUGUGACUUCGGCUUUGCCAAGCAGCUUCGAGCAGAGAACGGGCUCCUCAUGACCCCCUGCUAUACCGCCAACUUCGUGGCCCCAGAGGUCCUGAGGCGCCAGGGGUAUGAUGAAGGCUGUGACAUCUGGAGCCUGGGUAUCCUUCUCUAUACCAUGCUGGCUGGAUACACUCCCUUUGCCAAUGGUCCUAGUGAUACCCCAGAGGAGAUCCUGACUCGGAUUGGGGGAGGAAAAUUCACUCUCAGUGGUGGAAACUGGAACAUGAUUUCAGAAACAGCCAAGGAUCUGGUGUCCAAGAUGCUCCACGUGGACCCCCACCGGCGCCUGACCGCCAACCAGGUUCUCCAGCACCCGUGGGUCAUGCACAAGGACAAGCUCCCUCGGAGCCGGCUGUCCCAUCAGGACGUGACGCUAGUAAAGGGCGCCAUGGCCGCCACCUACUCCGCACUGAGCAGUUCCAAGCCCACCCCGCAGCUCAAGCCUAUUGAGACUUCCAUCCUGGCCCAGCGCCGUGUGAAGAAGCUGCCUUCCACCACUCUGUGAAGUGUGGGAGAGCACGUCGCAGGCCGUGGGCCGUGCUGUCGCCAUCCACUCUGCACUUAAUCUGCCUGGGCAGACACCUGGGAGCCAGCCAGGUGGGAGCUCCCGGCAAGCAGCUGGCACAGAUGGGAUGGGCUCCCCUGGAGGAUGGGGGAGGGAGGACUGCAAGUGCCUUUCUGCUCCCAAAGCACGGACCAUUCUUGGCCGGGACUUUCCUGACUGGGAUCAAUCACUGCACAAACUCCUUUUUUACAAAAGAAAGA